AUGAAGUCCAGAAUCGCGAUUCUUCCCCUCGCUGUUUCUCUUCUCCUCUUUGUUUCUACGACUAUUCGAGCCACCGAUAUCCAAUAUUGUGAGGAGAAUGAAGAGUAUGAAGUAAAAGUGAAAGAGGUUGAUAUAUCGCCUAACCCUAUAGCUCGAGGCGAGCCUGCUACCUUCAGCAUCUCUGCAAACACAGGCCGUGGGAUUUCGGGUGGGAAGUUGGUGAUUGAAGUUUCAUACUUUGGAUGGCAUAUUCACUCGGAGACGCAUGACCUCUGCACCGAGACAACUUGUCCUGUAGAAACCGGUGAUUUCUUGGUUGCACACUCUCAACUUCUUCCUGGUUAUACUCCUCCUGGUUCAUACUCGCUGCAAAUGAAGAUGCUUGAUGCGCGGAAGAAGGAAUUAACGUGCAUUAGAUUCUCGAUCGACAUUGGAUCCCGACCAUCUGUGGCCGACAUUUAG